AGAACACAUUUUCAAAAUGAAACUCAUAAUUUUGUGCUUCUUAGCCGCUCCCCUCGCCGUUGUGGGCAGCAACCUCAUCCAACCACGAAGCCUCGAGUUUGAGACGUUCGAUUUCAAACAUCUCGGAUCGAAAGAUGACUUUGUGCAACUGCAAGGGUUAAGCACGAGGGAGCAAGUGGCGGUCAUCAACGACUACAUGGACGUCUUCCUGGUCGAACUGAAUGGAUUUAUUGCGGAGCAAGGGAUGGAUUCGAUGAAGUUGGAUGACGUGGGCGGCAAAUUUGGAUGGACCAUAUUCACUGGCGAAAUGUCAUUGACCAAUGGCAUUGUGAAAGGCCUAAACUCUGUUGCACGGGGCGGCGACGUUACUCUGAGGUACGAGAAUACGGUCCUUAAAGCCAGCCUGCCUAUAAAGUUGGAGAACGUAAACUUGAAUUACAAUUACGCCGUUAAACUUAUGAACCUAGGACCGCACGGGCUACUCAACGGUACCGUUAAAGGAUGUCGAGUGCUGCUGCAAGUCCAGAUCGAUUUGGACACGCUUUUAGCGAAGCUGGACUUGUACAAGCUCGAAACCCUUGGAGAUAUUUCGCUGAAAUUCCAAGGAGGUAUCUUAGAAUGGAUGGUGAAUUUGUUUGUAUCAGUCGCAAUUCCAUUGAUUAAGCCAGUUCUGAAUUGGGCAAUUAACACCUUUACUCAAGGAACAGUGGCCGGCCUCAUCGUUAAAUACAAUGAUGUCAUCACCAAAUUAUUGGAAAGUCUCAAUAAUAUGUAAAUUAUGACUAUUCAUAGUUGAUACAUGAACACAAAUUAAAUAAUUACAACCAUCUGUAAUCGUG